AUGGCGGAAACAACGAACAAACUCAAAGGCCACGUCGUGAUACUACCUUACCCAGUUCAAGGCCACCUCAACCCCAUGGUUCAGUUCGCUAAACGUCUCGUCUCCAAAGGAGUCAAAGUCACAAUCGCCACCACCACCUACACCGCCUCCUCCAUCACCACGCCGUCAGUCUCCGUCGAGCCAAUCUCCGACGGAUACGAUUUCAUCCCCAUAGCUACCCCCGGUUUCAGCGUCGACGACUACGCCGAAUCCUUCCAGCUCAUCGGAUCCGAAACCCUAACACGCGUCAUCGAGAAAUUCAAAUCCACCGAUUCCCCGAUCGAUUGCUUAGUCUACGACUCGUUUCUUCCUUGGGGACUCGAAGUCGCCAGAUCUAAUUCGAUCUCAGCCGCUUCCUUCUUCACCAACAACCUCACCGUCUGUUCCGUGCUUCGUAAAUUCUCCAACGGAGACUUUCCUCUCCCCGCCGAUCCCGAUUCGUCGCCGUAUCUGGUCCGCGGAUUGCCGGCGUUGAGCUACGACGAGCUUCCUUCCUUCAUGGGACGACACUGGUUGAGCCACGGUGGACACGGACGGAUUCUUCUCAAUCAGUUCCCUAACCAUGAAAACGCCGAUUGGCUCUUCGUCAAUGGCUUCCACGGCUUGGAAACACAAGAUUGUGAAAUUGGAGAAUCAGAGGCGAUGAGAGCGACGUUGAUCGGACCGAUGAUCCCAUCUGCGUACCUCGACGAACGAUUAGAAGACGAUAAAGACUAUGGCGCGAGUCUCUUGAAGCCAAUCUCUGAGGAAUGUAUGGAGUGGCUCGGGACUAAGCCGGCAAAGUCAGUGGCGUUCGUUUCGUUUGGCUCCUUUGGGAUCCUCUUUGAGAAACAGCUCGCGGAGAUAGCAACCGCUCUGCAAGAAUCGGGCUUGAGCUUCUUGUGGGUGAUCAAAGAAGCUCACGUCGAGAAACUGCCUGAAGGGUUUGUGGAAGCGACGAGAGACAGAGCGAUGCUGGUUUCUUGGUGUAACCAGCUUGAGGUUUUGUCGCAUGAGUCGAUCGGUUGCUUUUUGACUCACUGUGGUUGGAACUCGACGCUGGAAGGUUUGAGUUUGGGUGUGCCGAUGGUUGGUGUGCCUCAGUGGAGUGAUCAGAUGUGUGAUGCUAAGUUUGUGGAGGAGGUUUGGAGAGUUGGGUACAGAGCGAAGGAGGAAGGUGGAGAUGGAGUUGUGAAGAGUGGAGAGGUGGUGAGGUGUUUGAAAGGAGUGAUGGAAGGAGAGAGUAGUGUGGAGAUUAGAGAGAGUGCUAAGAAGUGGAAAGGUUUGGCUGUGAAGGCUAUGAGUGAAGGAGGAAGCUCUGAUCGGAGCAUUGACAAGUUUGUGGAGAGUUUAAGGAAGUAA